AUGACGGAAAAACAAAGGACUUGGAAGCGGCUCUCUGUACUGUGCCAGGUGCAGGGGCUGGAUUUUGAGAGCUACCCUGUGUUUGUUCUGCUGGUGGUAGAGACAAACGAGGAGCCUCAACUGCCACCGUCACGGACAAGCAACCUUCUUUCUCGUGACCUGGCAGCUUUGGCUCCGAGACGGGAGGUGUCACCUGGGGACAUCAUGCGGAUUAAUGAUGUCGGCAGGAUGUACCAAGACAGCACACUGGACAUUGAAGUGUGCCAAUGCUGCUUCAUACCAUGUGCUUCCUCUCAGGUGGUGCAGCUCCUUACUGCAUUGGCUUGCAUACUCGCCACAAUCACCCAUGCGUGCGUGAGCUACAACUGCUCCGUGUCCAUGACAACGCCGGUGUGGUCGAGCUUAUUUUUUUUGGCGGCUGGGACUCUGGCAAUGGAGGUUCAGAGGAAAGCCAAUAGAUUAAAGAUUAUCGCUCUGAUGGGUCUGAACCUCUUCAGUCUCCUGUUCGGCUUCUCUGCCAUCCUGGCCAACAGCCUCAGGUCUGCACAGCAGGUCGCGCUCAAAACAAACCAACAGCGCGUUGGUUCGCACGUUGCAAGGGGCAGCUCCAUAGCGUUCACCGUGCAGUGUUGCCUGGCGUCGCUCUACAUACUGUUCCUGUCGCUGAGAGGCCUGCGCCGCUACAGUCCGCCGCAGUUUCAGGCGUACAGCCGCCUCAAACAGGAUCCAGAGGAAACCAACGGGGCACUACUGGAACAAAUGGAAUUCAAUCAGUGA